UUCCUCAUCUUGGAAGAUAAACAUACCAUUAUUUUCUCUCUCUAGAUCUAUCUCUCCGAAACCAUGGAAGGAGUGUCUUCAGCAGCCGUUGAAGUUCUUGUCCAAAACCUGAUCAACCUUUUCAAGGAUGAGUACUCUCUGCUUCGAGGUCUCGACGAAGAUGCACAGCAGCUGCAGAGGACUUUGGGGAUGAUUCAAGCCUACUUGAAUGACGCUGAGAAGAAAUCCAUCACACAAGAUGCUGUCAAGAUCUGGUUGAGGGAGCUUGAAGCCGUGGCUUUCGAUGCUGACAAUGUCUUGGACGAAGUCAGCUAUCAUCUUCUCCACAAAAAAGUACACAAGAUGAAAUCAUCCAAGGAUAAGGUACUAUCAUGCUUCUCAUCCUUUAAAGGAAUUUCACGCCGGCGUGAUAUGGCUCUCAUAAUCAAACAAAUCAAUGCUACUUUUGAGUGUAUGAACAAAAGGGCAACAGAUCUUGGCAUUCAAAGCAUGAUUGUGAAUGCACCUGCUGCUGCUGUUGCUCAUACUUCCUUUGAGACGGAUUCGAUCAGUCUUGAUCCAAUCUUUAUUGGAAGAGAUGAUGAUCUACCUAAACUAGUUAGCAUGCUCACCAAGAUCCAGGAUGAUCGGAUCUUCUCUAUGGUUGCUCUUGUCGGAAUGGGAGGCAUGGGGAAGACUACGUUGACUAAGAAAGUCUUCAAUCAUGAUAGGGUAAAAGCUCGAUUCGGAUCACAUAUUUGGGUUCAUGUUUCCCAAACUUUUGAUGCAAUAAGUCUCUUCAACAAAAUACUUUAUAAGCUGACUAAAAGGAGAAGUGAUGGAGUUGAGAGCAAAGAUGAUAUCUUGGAAAAGCUUCAAGAAGCUCUCAAGACUAAAACUUAUCUUCUUGUUCUUGAUGAUGUUUGGAAUGAAGAUGUUCCAAAAUGGGAAGACUUUAUAAAUUCCAUUUUGGGAGUGUCUUCUACCAAGGGAAAUGGCAUUAUCAUCACUACCAGGAGUCUAGAGGUUGCUUCAAUUGUUAAUCCAUUUCAUAUUCAUAAUUUGAAAGGCUUAUCAGAUGAAGAUUGUUGGUCCAUAAUCAAAGUCAAAACUGUUGAUGAAAAUGAAGUUCCAUCGGGAUUUGAAAUGAUUGGGAGAAAGAUUGCUAAAAGAUGUCAAGGUUUGCCCUUAGCUGCCAAUGUAGUUGGGGGAGUGCUUCGCGGUAAGUCUGAAGAAGAGUGGCGCUUCAUCAGUGAAAAUAGGUUUUCAGAUGCUAAAGGAGGUGAAAAUAUCUCAAAAAUAUUGAAAUUGAGCUAUGAUCACCUCUCUUCACCAUCGCUAAAGAAGUGUUUCACGUUUUGUUCGGUUUUCCCCAAAGGUCGGGAAAUUGAGAAACAUGAGUUGAUUGAGCUAUGGAUGGCAGAAGGCUUUCUUCAACCAAGCCGAAGGGAUGACAUGGAGUUUAUGGGCAACAUGUUUUUUAAUGUGCUUCUACAGAACUCUUUGUUGCAAGUUGCAACGAAAGAUGAUGAUGGAAAUGUGGAAAGUUGUGUGAUGCAUGAUCUUGUGCAUGAUCUUGCAUCUUCUGUCAUAUCCAAUAAUGCAGAUGGCAGUAUUGUAGCUCGAUACAAGUUUUUUGAAGAAGAAUCAAGUCCUAUUCCAAAAAAUGUGGCCAAGCAUAUUCGUACAAUAUUCUUGAAAGGUGGAAUUCCCGGUACUAUAUUCUCAAACUUUGAAUGUCUGCAUAAUCUGACACUUUCUGGUGAUUAUAAAGAGUUGCCCAAUUCAAUUAGGGAGUUGGUACAUUUGAGAAAUCUGAAUAUUUAUGAUACAGAAAUUGUAAACUUGCCGAAAUGGAUUGGUAAACUCCAUCACUUGCAAACAUUAAGAGCACGCUGGGAGUUAGUGAAUCUGCCAAGUACGUUGAAGUAUAUGUUUAACUUAAGGCAUCUUUAUAUUCAUUCUAAUACAAAGUUGCCAGCGGAGAUUGGGAAAUUAACUAGUCUUCGUACACUACCUUACUUCACAGUAGGCAAAAAGAAGGGAUACCAAAUUGAAGAGCUCGGAAGUUUGAAGAAUCUCAAAGGCUGGCUAGAGAUUCGUAAUCUGGAGAAGGUAGGUGAUAAGGAAGACGCGCUGAAAGCAAAUAUAAAGCAGAAGCCAAACUUAAUAGAUUUGGUGUUUGAAUGGAGUGAUGGUAGAGAAGAUGAAAGAAAUGAUGAGAGUGUGUUGGAAGGCCUCGAACCUCAUGCAAAUCUGAAGAAGUUGAAGAUUUCAGGAUUCAAAGGCAAAAGACUUCCAACAUGGGCUGAGAAGAUGGAAGUACGUGAUGGGCCUCAAGGAUCUUGGGUACCACAAGACAACUUGAUUGAAAUAACACUCUUUGGGUGCUCAGAAAUUGAGGAAAUUCCAAAGCUGGAGCACUUGCCUAAUCUCAAGUCUCUUUCAUUGGAAAGAUUGAAGAAGGUGAGGUAUAUAAAUACUUCUUUCUUUCAUUUAACGUGGCUCAAAAUAGAAGAGUUAGAGGCAUUGGAAUGUGUGGCAGAAUGGUUAUUCUUUGAGAAUCAGGAUCUCAAACAUUUGAAAUUAUCACGAUGUCCUUUGUUGAGAGAAUUACCAGAUGGUGUUGACACCCUCAAUUCUCUGGUGGUGUUGGAAAUUAGGAAUUGUGAGAAUCUGAAGUCGAUUGGGAAUCCAAGUGGUGGAGCACGACAAUCACAGGGGAUCCUCCAUCUGCUGAGUAUUGUAAACUGCGGAGAGCUGAUGGAAUUGCCGUGUGAAAUGCUAGAGUGGUGGGCCCCUACAAUUGAGGAUCUCUCAAUGGUAGGAUUAAGGAGGCUAAAGAAUCUACCAAUGCUAAUUGACUGCCUCGCUAAAUCAUCUACUCGUCUCAAAUAUUUGUUAAUCACAGGAGUUCCUAAAUUGAUGGCGGCUAGUAGUGGUAGUGUUGAGAGUUGGGAUCUUAGCAGCUUGAGCACAUUAAGCAUAGAUGUGAGUGUGGAAUGGUCAAGAGAGGAUAGUGUUGGCAUUGCAGAGACUGUGGAUGGAAUGCUGCAAAGAUGCUGCAACACACUUAGUGGCUUAAAGUUGAAGGGGGUGGAAAAUUGGGAGUGGCUGCCCCAAUCCAUUCAAAAUCUCACUGCUCUUUGGUGGUUAGCGUUGGAGAAUAUAGGAGUAGAAGAAUUGACCCAAUGGUUGGGGAAUCUCUCAUCUCUAAGAGUUAUACGUCUACGGAAUUGCAACAAGUUGAAGCGUCUGCCCUCUAUGGAUGCAUUGAGGAAACUCGUUGUUAAUGAUUGCCCAGAACUACGUAUUGAUUCGGAGUGGCACAGCCACCAUCGCCAUCUGGAAAUCUAUGUCGAUGUCCAACCUGUUUGAAAGUUUGUAGCAAUUCCCGCCGACGAGCUUAAAAAGUCACAGCCUUGGAAUAACUUGAUAUUCACAUAAGACUUGUGAAACAGGCUAAGGAAUCAAACAUAGGAUUCCAUUAGAGGUGUGCUGAUGCAUAAUGAAUUUUGCUCAUCGGAGGCCAUUUGAGGAAUAAAAACAUUAUAUUAUAGAUUUUCAAA